AUGUGUAUAUACCGGAGGCGGCCGCGGGAGCCUCGGCGGUUCGGUUCGCGUGGAGAGUCGGAUGUGCCGGCAGAACUGCGAGUGGCCAAUGGGUCGCAGAAGUUUGUGAAUUUCACUUCGACCAUCCAGAACCAGCUGCUGCUGGUGUCGCUGCUGGAGCACCUGUGCCACAUGUACACACACAACCCCGUGCACUCGAGGUGCUUGUUCCGAAUACUUCGACAGGCUUUCACGAGAACAGGUUUGCUCUCCCCUUUUGCCUUCUGUGAUGAGUUUAGUACUGUAAGACUGCAGCAUAAUAGAGCCAUUACUGAGCUAAUGAAAGCAGCUAACCGACAAGUACUUAAUGGGGAACUUGAUAAUGGAGAUUCUCGUGCAAUUGGGGAAAAAGAAGUUCUCUUGGAAGCACAGACUUCACGAUACUUGAAUGAAUUUGAUGAGAUUGCAAGAUUAGGAAAAGGAGGAUAUGGCCAAGUAUACAAGGUCAGAAACAAGUUAGAUGGUCAGUUCUAUGCUAUUAAAAAAAUCAAUAUUAAGAAGGCUACAAGAAGAGAUUGCAUGAAGGUGCUACGAGAAGUUAAAGUGCUGGCUGGACUGCAGCAUCCUAAUAUUGUGGGGUAUCACACUGCUUGGAUGGAACAGGUUCAAACAGCUUGCCCAAAAGAUAAGACAAUAUUGAAGUUGCAGUCAUUACCCUUGGAACAGGAGAGUGACAAUGAUCACUGUCACACUCAGAGUGUGGAAAGUGGUAGUUCAAUUAUUUUUGCUGACCUUACUUCACAAGAAGAAAAGUCUGGUGACGGUACAUAUCCUAGAAAUCAGGACAGUGAACUGGUGCAGAAUAUGGAUGUAAGGAGUGAUUUCACUAACAGCAGUAGUAAGGAAAUACGUAUGAAACCAAACAGAUGUGAAUCACCUGUAGAACUACAAGAAGACUCUGUCAGUAGUGUUGACUGUAGAUCAACUGAUUUUAAAAAUGAUUCAUCAUAUGGCCAUCCCUGUAGUCUGGAUCUAGAUGCUAGUGCUGGAAGUAAGUCCUGCACUGAAGAAUACUCUGGGAAUGAUGUAGCUCUCUGUGGAGGGUUUGAGGUGGAGUAUCGUUUGAUGCUUUAUAUACAGAUGCAACUCUGUGAACUGUCCCUGUGGGACUGGAUUGCUGCCCGUAACAGAAGAUGCAAUGAGAGAACAGAGGAUGCUGCUGGCCCAUACCAUCUUGUGGAUGUCAGCUGGACAACGAAAAUUUUUGAGGAGUUAUUAGAGGGAGUGUGUUAUAUCCACAGCAUGGGAGUGAUGCAUCGAGACAUUAAACCCAGAAAUAUCUUUUUGCAUGGAUCAGAUCAUCAAGUUAAAAUAGGAGAUUUUGGAUUAGCCUGCAAAGACCUCCUUUGGGAUGACGCAGACCAGUGGUUUCACACAGGAAGGAUAAAUGGACUGACACAUACCUCAGGUGUGGGGACUUGCCUAUAUGCUUCACCAGAACAGCUGCAGGGGUCUGACUACGAUUUCAAGUCAGACAUGUAUAGCUUGGGUGUUAUCCUGCUAGAACUCUUCCAGCCAUUUGGAACGGAAAUGGAAAGAGCAGAAGUUAUAACAAACUUAAGGAAUGGCCACAUUCCUCAUAACUUCUACAAGAAAUGGCCUGUUCAAGCCAAGUAUGUAAAACUUCUCACCAGUCAGGUAUCCACAGAAAGACCAACUGCUGCUCAACUUCGUGAAAGUGAGCUGUUUCAUACUACGGAACAUGUUAUUUCUAAUCUACAGCAGAAGGUGAGAGAGCAAGAAGAAGAAAUAGAAAAACUGAAAGAGAAACUAAGACUGCUUUCCACUGGACAAGAUGAACAUAUGAAACAAGGUUCUCCAGUUUAAGUACGGGAAGAACACAACUACUGUAUAUUAAGUUAUAGAAAAACUUUUUUUUUACAUAAAAAUAGUUUGGUGCAUUUUGA